AUGCAGGGUGAACAUAUUAUUAUUGCAAGAAACAUUGCUUCCAUGAGGGGUACAGAAGAGAUUUGCAUCAUUGGUCAAGAAUUUUUGCAUAAAAAAGAUUUCUACGCACACCCCUUUGAAUCUUCAAGACUUGAUAUUUAUAUUGUUUCAGGUCUUUCAGACCUCAAAGUGUGGCCUGUGAGCAAUGUGCGAAAAAUGGUCAAGCUCCCAUGGAAGACGCAGUUUGUAGUAAUGCCAGAGUUGCAUACCAUUUAGUAUGUGUUCCAAGAUUAGCUCAUUUUAGUGUCGUGUUCUGUGCUUUUUCCUCGUAGCAGUGAGGAACUUGUUCUGGUGCUGACUUUUCCCUGAAUACUCUUAUUUGCCUUCACACAAGCUCUUGUAUGAGUGUGGUAGCGAAUGAGAGGCCUUACUGAAGUUUUUUUCUGGCUGCUGUAAAAUAAUUCUUCAUGCCACUAGACCGUGCCACAAUAUUGAGGAAUUUGGGCAUCUGCAGCUGUUCGAAAGUAUGUGUAGAUCCUUUGUUGGCUCACAGCUGCUCGUUUCGAUUCCCAAGAAAUGUUGGUGAGUAUAGAUUGUUUUCCAAGCAUCUUACGUGGGGAUCCUUUAAAGCGUUUUAGCAGGACCAUUGACAACAGUUCUAUAAAAACUGUUGUGGCCUGUCAUGUAGCAUCUUAUUUUGGUAUCUAACACAGCGUUAUUACUUGAACUUUGAAGUUGAAGUGUGGAGCUUGUUUUCUGCUGUUGACAUGUAAACCUUUCAUCUCCCGAUUCUAAAUGUCUGGCUUCAUGUGCAAAUACAUUUCCUAUGGCUUGUCAACGAUGCUUUGACUUAAGGUUUUAUCAUGUUGCGAUGAAGGCAUUUUGGUACAAAAUUUAUUUUUGAACAGCCAACAUGACUAUAUUUUUGUCGUAUAAGCAGAUGUCUGCCUUUGUAGCUUGCCAAACGCUGAGAGCUAUAGCUUGACAAAGCUUGAAAAAUUAUUUUGAAACAUGCUUCUCCUAGGCCAGGUCAGUGUAUUCUAUGUUCAACUUAAUUCUUGAGUAGCUCUCUGCUAUUGUGUAAUUGUGAAAGCCUGAUCAUGAUUGAGCAUGUAAUGGUCACUUAUAUACAUAGUUUCCAUGGUACUAUUCUUAUUUGAAGCAACAGUGUGCUUAUAGUAAUGAAAAUUUGUAUUGUUUGCGAAGUUAAAAUGCUUUCUUGACAAAAAAUUAGGAAGUGCUGUUUUGUGCAAUGGUGGCACUACAAUUCAGAAUUCUUUUCCAGAUGAGCUAUGCUAUUGUGGAGUUCACUGCCUCUAAAGAGGUUGAAAUUGUGCCAACUACUUGGGUCACCGGGAGCGUGUGCGUCUGGCCGCAUAAUGUAAAAGCAGAGAAGGCUGGGAAAAUGGCAAAGAAGCAGCAUCCACCACAGUCAUGGUGGAAGCAGUAUGAAAUUGCUGUGAAAGGUUUGUUCGGUAAGCGCAUUUCAGUCACCUUACGCCUUAAGCCAGGGGUGAUUAUAUUGAUCACAUUUUGCACUUUUUCAGUUACCUAUGAACAUGCCCGGAAAAAGCUAAAUGACAGUCAGUUCCAUUCAGACCUGGCCAGUGAAACUGAAAUGCCUCCAUUGAAGAGGCGUAGACGGCCACCAGCAGUCUGGAGUGACUCUGACAGUGAAGAGGAGGAGGAAGACUCUGCCACAAGCCAGCCAGGACUGCCACCUAUCCCAAAUAAUUUUCCAUCUGGAAUAACCUCGAGUGAAGCAACAAGUAUGCCCACAUUUGGCCAGGGAGACAAAGGCACAGCAGGGACCCAGUUGUCAGAGACAAACUCGCCACAAGGUGAACAGACAGCGCAAGAACGGCCACGAAACUCGCCUCAUGAUUGUUGUGUAGAGAAGAACUUCCAGCGGCAUGUGCUACGACUGCUGAACACGCUUCGCUUCAUGCUGGAACAGCAAGCGGACACCCUGAACAAGUUGUGCGAUAUGCUUCCCACUUCUUCAGUCACCGAAUGCGCAGAGCUCUUAGGCCAUCCGCUAAGCAGUCUUGAAGAACUACAAGAGUUCGACGACAAGCUCGAUGCUGGAAAAUUUAAGAUCCUGGUUCAUGAGUUGGCACAGCUUGGUGGGAAAGAUGCCUACUGGGCAACAAAAAGAAUCUUGUCAUACUGCAUCACAGACGAGGUUGCGGCACAAUUUUCCUGGAUGGGUCGAAAAGGAAAACUGAGCUUCUCCGCCUUGAAGAUUGCUAAAGCCAUAACAGAUGCUGCUCGCAAAGCGCCAAACGCAACCGCUGCCGACGUUGAGGCCUCUAUCAAAUCGUGGCUCCGACAUGCCCCCGAGCGCCUUGCCACCAGGUUUCAGAAGUCAAAGCAAGGACAACUUGAGCAAGCAGCAGAUACUGACUGAAACUUUCGCCACGGCCCAGCUUCUGAUUCCCUGGUCGUUCUGGGGAUAUUGAUGGCAGCAGAUUGAACUUUUAGAUGUUUUAUGCCCUCACUUUGUCAUAGUGUUGUGAUGCUCCAGAGCUUCUGGUCUUUAUGUUUAAAUUUAAUGUCUUUAAAUGUUUUAGAUGUAUGUCUCAUGCACUCAUGUUUUAGGUGCUUUAUAGGUUUAUUUGUAUAUGUAGAGCCAUUGAAUUUAGCCAUGACCAUUUGUAUGGAUAUUGUUGUGCUUGGCGAGAUUAAUGGCUGUGACAGAUUGAUGGUAUGUUUCUGUGAAUGAAAGUGCCCUUAUGUAUUGUGUCUGGGGGCAAGAAAAAGUCUUUCAUCAUAUCGUGCUUAGGAGGAUACAGGGUGUCCCAUGUAACUUUAGCCAAACUUUAAAAAUAUGCAAAUGCCACCUAGCUCAACAGAACCAAGGUAAUGCUGUUUGCGGUCGCUUAGAGAUACUCAGAAUAUUUUUUUGCAUUCCACAUAAUUGCAUAAUAAGUCUUAAUUAAUUAAUCAACUUCCGAAAUAUUAAAAU